AUGACAAAUGAUGUCAUUUCUGAAAAUUCUGGGCAAGGAGCAAAUCAAAAUGGUCAAGAACAUACACAGUUCAACACAUUGGGAAUGACCAUGCCUUUGAUGCAAAGUGGUUCAAUGAAUUUAUUUCCUUCAAAUUCAACCACUGAUAUUGAUUUACAAUCAAUUAGGCAACAAAUUGAUGAAAGUAGGUACAAUAUGGUGAACAUGUUGACACAACAAAUGUCAACUAUGUUUAAUCCUCUCAUUCAAAAUACUCAACACUUAACUCGACAAUUGUGUCGAAUUGCUGAUGUUCUUGGAGCACCGCCUUUGAACCAAACGUUCCAGCAAGUUCCUGAUUAUGGUCAAAGUGUGCCUCUAAAUUUUACUCAACGUGAAGUUCAGAAUUUUAGUCAAAAUGAGCCUCAAAAUUUGCCUCAAGAUCAGAAUUUUGGUCCAAACGAAGUUCUGAAUGGACAAGAAAAUUCAGUCCAAAAUCAGCCACAGAAUUUUGAUCAGAAUUUAGACAACAAUGUCUUAUUUAAUCGAAAUCAAAAUGACUAUGGGGGGCCACAAAAUGUGGCCAAUGCUGUCGAAGAAGUUCUAAAUCAUCAUGGUUUCAAUGUUGGAUAUGUCAAUCGUCCAAAUUUCACGUCUCCGUUUUCUGAAGUAGUUCUUCAAGCAGAACUCCCAAGGGGAUGGAAGGUUCCAAAAGUUACUAAAUUUUCAGGAGACACAGGUGAAUCAACUGUUGAGCAUAUUGCAAGGUACCGACUUGAAAUUUGUGAUCUUGCUAACAAUGAACUGUUGAAAAUGAAAUAUUUUCCAAGUUCCUUGACGAAAAAUGCUUUCACUUGGUUUACUACUCUACCUCCUAAUUCGAUCCAUAAUUGGAAUGAAUUGGAGAUGGCUUUUCAUGAGCAAUUCUUUAGAGGAGAAACCAAAGUGACAUUAAUGGACUUGGUUAAUGUUAAGAGACAGCCGAAUGAGUCAAUAGAUGACUACUUAAUUCGAUUUAAGCAUAUGGAAACUAGAUGUUCUACUCAUGUGCCUGAAUUCGAAUUAGUAAAAAUGGCUAUUGGGGGCCUAGACUAUUCGAUUAAAAAGAAUUUGGUUAAUGAUGAGUUCAUAGAUAUGACUCAAUUGGCUCAUAAGGUUAAAAGGGUAGAGAAACUAAGGCUUGAGAAAUACAAGCCUGAAGAAGUUUUUCAAGGAAAAGAAAGUUCUUGCAUAAGAGCCACUCAAAAUCCUGAAAUUGAUCAAUCUGAUGAGGAUAGUGAUAGUAAUGAGAAUGAAGUGAAUAUGGCUGAAUUUAAGCCAAAGUCUCCCUAUACUUAUGAAGAUGAGAGCAAAGGAAAAUUUCCAGCAAAAUCCUUCAAAGGAUUGAAGACUACAAGUGACUAUCAGAAGGUUAUGGUGAAAAGGAGUCAGAAUUUGCCAAGGACCUCAAGCCCAAAAGGGGUUGGCUGA